AUGUCAAUAAAUAAUAAUCAUCCAUUUCACUUAGUAGAUUAUAGACCAUGACCUUUAACAGGAGCUAUUGGUGUAAUAACAUUAGUUACAGGCAUAAUCAAAUGAUUUCAUGAAUUUAAUAUAAAUUUAAUAAUUUUAGGUUAUAUAAUUAUUUUAUUAACAAUAUAUCAAUGAUGACGAGAUAUUUGUCGAGAAGGAACAUAUCAAGGAAAUCAUACUAUUUUAGUUUCUAAAGGAUUACGUUGAGGAAUAAUCUUAUUUAUUGUAUCAGAAAUUUUUUUUUUUAUUUCAUUUUUUUGAGCUUUUUUUCAUAGAAGAUUAUCUCCUAAUAUUGAAAUUGGAGCUAUAUGACCCCCUUCAAGAAUUAUUCCUUUUAAUCCCUUCCAAAUUCCCUUAUUAAAUACCAUUAUUUUAAUUACUUCAGGAGUUUCAGUAACUUGAGCUCAUCAUGCUAUUAUAGAAAAUAAUUUUUCUCAAACUACUCAAGGUCUUUUUAUUACUAUUAUAUUAGGAAUUUAUUUCACAAUUCUUCAAGCUUAUGAAUAUAUUGAAGCCCCAUUUACUAUUGCAGAUUCAAUUUAUGGCUCAACCUUUUUUAUAGCAACCGGAUUUCAUGGAUUACAUGUAAUUAUUGGUACAAUUUUUUUAACUAUUUGUUUUAUUCGUCAUUUAUCAACUCAUUUUUCUAGUAAUCAUCAUUUUGGAUUUGAAGCAGCAGCUUGAUAUUGACAUUUUGUUGAUGUAGUUUGAUUAUUCCUUUAUAUCUCUAUUUAUUGAUGAGGUAAUUAA